AUCGAGUACAAUUUAGCCAUCAACUAGUAGCAUCGAACAAACAAUUCGACAUUCGAAAAAAAACGCGCACUAACUCUGACGCUGUUGGAAAAUCGCAAAUAAAAUUAAAAUUUACCGCAUAGUUAGAUCAAAAUAAUAACGACAAAAUAAUAAUGACGCUUUCGCGCACUAAACAUGCAACGCGUAAUCAUUUGCCCAAUUUGAUGAGCAAUGUACCCGACGAGUACCAGGAGCCCAUUAAGCAAAUGUGCCUCAAAAUGAUGUCGCACGAUGCCUAUGGAAAACCUUACGAAUGGACCACGCGCGACUUUGAAAUGGGCGCUCCUCUGGGACGCGGAAAAUUUGGUCGCGUUUAUUUGGCGCGCGAGCGACGCUCACAUUACAUGAUGGCCAUGAAGGUGAUGUUCAAGGAGGAGCUGCGCAAGGGCAAUGUAGAGCGCCAGGUGCUGCGUGAAAUUGAAAUACAGUCGCGUCUCAAACAUCCUCACAUUCUGCGCCUGCUUACCUGGUUCCACGAUGAAUCUCGCAUAUAUUUAGCGCUGGAAAUUGCUUCCGAGGGCGAACUUUUCAAGCAUUUGCGCACUGCGCCCAAUCAUCGCUUCGAUGAGCCACGCUCUGCCAAGUACACUUAUCAGGUGGCCAACGCCUUGAACUAUUGCCAUCUCAACAAUGUCAUUCAUCGUGAUCUGAAGCCAGAGAAUAUUCUGUUGACGAGCACCGAUGAUCUUAAAUUGGCAGACUUUGGUUGGUCGGCGCAUACACCAAAUAAUAAACGCAAAACCUUAUGCGGAACCUUGGAUUAUUUGCCGCCCGAGAUGGUGGAUGGCAUGGCCUACGAUGAUUCGGUCGAUCAAUGGUGUUUGGGCAUCUUGUGCUAUGAGUUUCUUGUUGGCAGUCCGCCCUUUGAGUCAAAUACCACCGAGAACACAUAUGACAAGAUCAGACGCCUCAAUGUUCACUUUCCAUCGCACAUGUCAGCGGGCGCCAAGGAAGUCAUUUCAGGCUUGCUGCGCCGUCAAAAUCAGGGUAGAAUCAGUUUGGUGGAUGUGAUGACGCAUUCUUGGGUCAAGGAUGGCAUGGCAAAACGUGCCGCUCAGCUGGAGAAACAAAGCAUUGAGCGCGGCAAGGAGAAUUUGGCAAGAAAUUAAAAUGAGUUGGUUUUUUAUUGCUUUUGCUAUAAGAUUUUCACAAAUACAUAUAAAAUAUUUCAAUAAUCAAUUAUGUUUUAAAGCGAUAGAAAC